AUGGCGCUAGAUGGUGCACCGCCAAAAAUCAUCGCCAUGAUCAAGGUCUGUUAUCGCUCCACCAAGACGCGAGCUCUGGUCCGCAUCAAUCUUUCCCAAGCGUUUGGUAUUCGAUCUGGCGUUCGACGGGGUUGUAUCCUGUCACCCAUUCUGCUCAACUAUGCUAUUGACUGGAUCCUCGGGAGGGAUCUACACAAAGGUAGCAGUGUCAAGUUGGCCCUCGAACACCGACCGAUUGAUUCCGACUAUACCGAUGAUAUUGCCUUACUUGCUUCAAGUUUUGGUGAUCUGCAGUCCAUGGUGUCGUGGGUGAACGAGGUUGCUAAAUCGACCGGUUCAUCCAUAAACGCUGGGAAGACUAAAGUGUUUUCUCGCUGCAUCCCUGACCAGGAGAAGUCACCUCUCGGGAUUCGAGACCGCCAACUUGGAGAAAAAGACAGUUUUAAAUACCUCGGGGCGAGGCUGCUGCCGAAUGGCUGGAGUAAGGACGACAUUGUCUCCCGAAUUGAUGCAGCCCGACGGGGUUUUCUCAAGCCUUCGGAAAUGCCUAUUGAUCUGACGCAACCUCUUCAUGGCCACUAG